GCCGAAGAAUAUUUCUUUUUGAAGAAAGAAAAUAGAUCCAGGGGAUAUAGACUAGACAAGUCUACAACCUUAUAAAAGAAAAAAGAAGAAGAAUAUUUCUUUUUGAUGGUGGCUGAAUACAACAAAAUCCAGUCAUUUUUAGCCUAAUUGCAUUGUAAAUCAAUGAAGUUAUUAUUACUACUAACAUUUAUGAGAACGGGAAACGGUUCUUUUCGUGGUGCAGGCCCAUGAUCGACAGCCAUAAUAUGGAUUUCAGUAGUCUGCAUCACAAAGUAUAUAUACUUUGCAUCGCCCCAUGCUGCGUUGCGAAAGCCAACGCUUUGUUCGGGAAACACUGGGGCGCGAGGCUCGUCAGCGCCGGCCGUUGGCAACGCUGCGGCCGCACCAAAGCAACCGCCGUGCCUUUGGGAAAGUCCAAAACCCUUAAAGGAAGAAGGAAGAAGAAGAAGACACUGGGAAAACUCGUGUCUGAGCCUCCUGCAGAGUGCGGGGAAAAGAAAAUGGCCUCACUUGAUGAUGAGUAUUCAUGGAGCCCUCCGUCUGAAGCUGAACUAAAAGUGAUUGAGGCUAGGAGGGAACGUAACAACAAAAUAUCUUCCCUAAUUGGACAAUAUCUUCUGAAAGGUUAUAAGAUGCUAGCCACAACCUGUCCUGUGUGUGAAUGCGUCUUACUGGAAGACCGAAUGAAAAAUAAGUAUUGUGUUGGAUGCAGUGAAGUGGAUGCUGACACCAGAAAGGAUAAUCCAGGUAAAGACUCCAGUUCACAUGGAAGUGAAGGAAGUACUUUUGGUAUGUGUCAGUUACAGAAUAUAUUGCUCAAAUUAGUUUUAAAAAGCUUGGCAGGGCUCAUUUUCAUGUGUAAAAUUUAUGCAAACUUUGGGUGACUUCAUAUUUUCUUAGCCAGGUUCUGCAUAUAUUUUUUGCAUACCAUUUCUUUCUUUUCUUUUGCCAUUCACUGUGACAAACACAUUUUUAU